UCUUAUGGCAAACCAUGCGCUGAACUUCGGGAAUGGUUACAGUGCUGCUACUCCUCGCUCUAUAGCAACGGGUGGGAGAGCCUCAUCGGUUCAUUCUGGUACAAGCUCGAUGCAAAGCACGCCCACCAAGAGUGUUUCUAAGCCCAUGAUCAAUGGGGUUAGCAACUCUCGUGCUCCACAGUGUGGUGGAACUGCCAAAACUAUGAAUUUUUCGGUAUCAUCUAAAAAGAUACCAUUGUCAUCUGCACCUCCACCAGUUUAUGCAUCAGUAGAAGUGCCACAUUUUGAGCUCAAGGAGGAUCCCUCCUUCUGGAUGGAUCACAAUGUACAGGAUCUUUGUUUGACUUCUCCUGAAAAAGUGCCUUGUUCAUGUAGCACAAAGCAUGCUGAAGAAGUUUUGUAUCUAGAACAAGAGUUAGACAGACUGAAGUCGAUUAUUGCAGUAGAGAAAUCAUCUCGCGUUGAGGCAGAAGAAAGAGCAAUUCUUUCAGAAACUGAGCUAAGCAUAACAAAUGAUAAGCUCCUGCUGAUAAGUAAGAGAUAUGAUGCAACAAUAGACAAAUUGAAGGACACAAGGUCUGUCAUUGAAGCCCUUGAAUCCUAACAAAUGCUUUCGAUUAAUGAACUUGAGAAACUGAGAGAGAAUAACAUUCGAUUUGCGGAUACUGUGAAGAUACAGGAGCAACAUAUCUCUACAAUUAAGAAACAGCUUGCUUUGCGCAUUGAUGUUGGAAACAAAAAAUCUAUUAUUGCUCAUGAAAUAUUGAGAGGAGAUUACUCUGAAAGUGAGUGUUCUUCUCCUUUUCAGGAUAAACUGAAAAGAGUGCAAGCUUCUCUAGAAAAAGCUUGGAACCUGAACAUGAGGUAUCAAAGUGACCAGGCAUCUCACCCUAGUGAAAGAGAAAUGGAUGAAGUUCGUAGGCAAGUUGAAGUUGAAACUGUUGAAGUUAUUGUCUGCCUGCAAGAGGAGCUGACCACAAUUAAUCAAAUAGUUGAUGAAUGCAACAAAAAUGAACUGUUGGCCAAACAACGCUUAAUGGAUCUUGAAAAGGAGAAAAAGGAGCAAGAUGAUAAACUCUAUUUGUUAACUCU